AUGGACUCGCCGGGGGACCCCGAAGGCCCACGCCCCCCGGAAGGUGAUGGCCCUCCAGGAGGUGCAAGGGAGACAUCCAGGCGGCUUUCAAGAGAACAGAUUUUUGUACUGAUAUCAGCAGCUUCCAUUAACUUAGGUUCCAUGAUGUGCUAUUCUAUCCUUGGACCUUUUUUCCCCAAGGAGGCUGAAAAGAAAGGAGCCAGCAAUACAGUUAUUGGUAUGAUCUUUGGAUGUUAUGCUUUGUUUGACUUGCUGGCUUCUUUGGUAUUUGGAAAAUAUCUUGCACAUAUUGGAGCAAAAUUUAUGUUUGUAGCAGGAAUGUUUGUCUCAGGAGGAGUUACAGUUCUCUUUGGUGUCUUGGACCAAGUUCCAGAAGGACCCGUGUUUAUUGCUAUGUGUUUUCUAGUGAGAAUAACUGAUGCAAUCAGUUUUGCUGCAGCAAUAACCGCAUCUUGUUCUAUCCUUGCAAAGGCUUUUCCAAAUAACGUGGCUACAGUAAUGGGAAGUCUUGAGAGUUUUUCUGGACUGGGUCUGGUACUAGGGCCUCCUUUGGGUGGCUUCUUGUAUCAGUCCUUUGGCUACGAGGUGCCUUUCAUUCUGCUGGGAUGCAUAGUUCUGCUGAUGGUUCCCCUCAACAUGUGUAUUUUACCUAAUUAUGAGUCUGAUCCAGGGAAACACUCAUUCUGGAAACUCAUCAUUUUACCCAAGGUUGCCUUUAUAUCCUUCAUCAUUACCUCACUCAGCUCAGGUUUUGGCUUCCUUGAUCCUACGCUGUCACUCUUUGUUUUGGAGAAGUGA